CUGGAAGCCGAAAGCGACCAAAAACCGCCCGCCCCAAUUUUUUCGGCGAUUCGGAGACGUGCCCCAGGGCCCGCCGCAGCCACAGCGGCCGAAGCCAGCGCUGGCCCGAGCAGCGCGCAAGCCCGCAUGCGCCUCGGAGGGGGCGCGGCGCCCCAGGGCCGAGCGACUGCGGGCGCCCCCGAGCGGCGCUUCGCCGCCUGCGCGCCCGCGUGCGCCAGGGCCAGCAGCCUGGUCGGCGUCGGGGUGGCGGCUGGCGUUCUGCUCGCCGUGCCGCUCCAGCUGGCGCCCUGCGAUGGCUCCCGCCUCCUGCAGUACACCGCCGGGGACCCCGCCUGCAGCGUUGCCGCCCGCGGGCCGGCCGGGGCGGCGGCUCGCCGCGGGGCGCCGCGCGCGAGCCUGGCGCCCCCCCCCGAGCACUGCGAGUUCUGGGAGGCUGGCGGAACCGCGGGCAGCGGCGCCGCGGCGCCGCGGGAGGCGUCUGGGCAGUGGUGCCUCGGGGACGAAGACGGGGACCUGCAGCGCAGCCAGGACCGCAGCUGCCGCCUGCAGAACGUGUGCUACGACAGCGGCACUGGGGGCCUGGUGUUCUUUCACGGGGGGCCACCCGCCAUCCUGGGCAUGGACAAGAUCCAGGGGCCGGUGUACGAGCUCGGUCCCCAGGCCGUGUGGCUCAGGAAGAGCCGCUGGCAAGGGGGCAAACCGAACCUGGAGCAGGACGUGCCGCUCCAGCUGGAAUACCGGCAGGGAACAAUCCCGGCUACGGCUCAGUGGUCGCCGCUGCCAUACCACGUGUUGUACCACACGUUCUGGGCCAGCAACGUGGGGCACGCCUGGUUCGACGACGUCUUCCCCGUCUUCCACCUGCUCCACCGCUUCGGGCUCCUGGACUGCGCUGGCGAGCGCCUCAAAGUGUGGCAGAACGUCCCGUGCGACUUCUACUUCCGCGCCAAGUCGGCUGAAGACGCGGAGCGAGCCUGCAGGUUCCAGAGGUUUGCCGUGCGGGCGCUCACGGAGGAACCCCUGGAGACGUUUGCCGAGGCAGCUCCUCCGACGCCGCCAGGCCUCCUGUGCAUGGAGAACCUGCUGGUGGGCACGGCCAUGCUGGGCAUGCAGCGCCCCCCCGCGCACGUGUGGAGACCAUUCCUGCAGCGCCUCCUCGAGGCGACCAACUCUUCGCACAUCUUCCCGACUGGGCAGCACAUCGUGUUUGUCCACAAGGAUGGGCGCCGGGCGCCGAUGAACCUGCUGGACAUGGCCAGCAGGUCUCGCCAGCACCUCGCCGGCGAAGCUCAGGUGACCGUGGCGUCGCCGGUGAAUCUCAGCUUCAAGGAGCAGUUCGACCUGGCGAGAAGUGCCACUGUUGUCGUCACCCCCUGCGGUGGCAUAUCUUUCUUCGCCGCUUUCAUGGCUCCGGCCACCACGCGCAUCAUCGUCGACUAUUACAACCACGAGAAGAACAAGACUGGCAAGAACGACGCGUACAUAUGGCAGUGGGAUUUCCAGGUGCGCACGCUGCACUACCGCAUCGAGAGGUCGUCGGUGGUGUCCGAUCCUUCGGACCAGUCGCCCCCAGAGGGCGGCAAGAACACGCGCGUCUGGAUCGACUUCGACCAGCUGGUGGGGCUCAUCCGGGAUGGCAUGCUGCAGGCCCGGGCCGGCUACGCCAACAGGUGGCGCCAAGGCCCCGGAGCCGCUGCCCGAUCUGAACCACCUCCGGGGCGGCCGCCGUGAUGUGCGGCGCGCGGAGAGCGUGCCGCAAAAAAACAGCCCCCCCGUUACGGU